AUGCGACCACCUGAGCCUGCGGCUUGGAUCGCGAUAAUACAUCUAUUUUGCCAAUAUAUAACGCACGUAAAGUUAUUUUCAUGCCAAUGUUUAGUGGAUGUACCAAGAAACUUUCGUCUCCUCGAAGAAUUGGAAGACGGCCAAAAAGGAAAGGGUGAUGGGAACAUUUCAUGGGGCCUUGAAGAUGACACUGAUAUGACACUUACGAGAUGGACAGGAACCAUUAUCGGACCUCCGAGGACUCCGUAUGAGUCGCGGAUCUAUAAUCUGCACGUGGAAUGUGGGCCGAAUUACCCGAAAGAGCCUCCUAGUGUCCGAUUCACCACGAAAAUUCAUAUGAACGGAGUAAACCAGACGACUGGCGUGGUACGUUUUAACAGUACUCCUUUGUCUAAAUUCAUUUUUGAGAAUAGUCUGAUUCCGGAGGUCGAAAGAUUUUAUCAGUGUUUGCCAGACAUGGCCCCCUCGUUUUCUAACGGAUUAAACCGUUCUCGCUCAAAAAUUCAUCGAUAG